CUGUGCCCAUCUUUAUUUCCUUGGGGGAACGCAUCACAAGUACUCGGGAGAAGUUCCAAGGCGGCUGGUACGAGACGGACGGGACCCAUGCUGGGGGCCCCCGCAGUGGUGACGCCAGCCGGACACCGUGAAAUUCUUCUGACACGAUACGGAGCUGCUCGCCGAACCAGAACGGUCCAAAGCCUGGGCAAAUCUUGGCAGGGCUGGAUAUUGCUGUUGCUGCUAGGCUGUGUGCAACGGGCGGCUCACGGGACGACGAUGUAAUAGCGGUGGAGGAG